AUGAUUGAAACAUCGAACAACGACUACGUCAAAUCCAGGACAGACAUGUUGGAAAUCAAAAAGCGCUACGGAAAGAACUUUUUUGUUGCUGAAGGAGAAAACAAUGAGAUUUUGGGGACAGUUGGUUUUUUGGAUAAACCCGAGAUAACUCACUUCAAGGGAGUGAAAAUAGAAAAUAAAUCCUGGGAGAUGUUUUCAAUGUGCGUGAAGCACAGCGCAAGAAGACUCGGAAUCGCGCAAAAAAUGUUAAGCGAUUUGGAGAGACGAGCGAAAGAAGAAGGUAUAAAAUUAAUUGUGUUUGAGGCAACAACUCCUCAAUAUCCUGCAAUCAAGUUCUACAAAAAAUGUGGCUACGAUUGGGAGCUUCACCCUUUCCCAACGAUUGGAAGGACAAGAUUUCUCGAGAAACAAUUUUUUGAUUUCUUUAUUUGGUUCAGUCGAAUGAAGCUGAUUCGAUUUUACAAAGAACUUUGA